GUCUGUCAGUGUAAUUAACGACAUCUUCUGAUUCUGAAAUAACAACAAACAUCAGUGAGUUUUAUGUAUGCCAUGGCUGGGAAAGUCAAUAUACUCUAGUAGCCUCUCAUACUACAGUCUUUACGGUAAUGCGUGUGUACGCUGUGUCGUUCCGGGAAAGGGGAAGAGUUUACUCAAGACAAAUUCAGUUAUGAGGAUAGAAAGAAGGAAAAUAGACUCUGUCUGAGGUCCGACGGCUGCUCAGGUGUUACGGGGCCGGCAGUGUGGUAGACUAAGAAGAGGAAAAUGCACUGAUGACUGUAUUCCGCACAGAAGCAGUUCCAAAAUGAUCAGAGACAUUGUCAUAGUGAGGCAUCCUGUCUCGGUGUGUGUGCCAGUGAACCACCUGGUGACUCUCAGUGUCUGCGCUGAGGGCACAGGUGUCCUCCAGUACCAGUGGUUCACUGACCAAGAAAACGAGGUGACACAGGUGCUGGAUGGGACUGAAGCAAACCUGACCUUCAAAGCAGAAAAAACGAAGCUCUAUGUGUGUCGUGUGAACGAUCUCUUUUGUAACUCCGUUUCCAGUGAAUGGGUCAAAGUGAAGGUGCUGGACAUUGAUAAACCAGGCUUGCCGGUACACUGGCAGGGUGAGCCACACAUCGCUGUCAACCCUAAACCCCAGACAGCCCGACAUGGUACAAAAGUCACCCUCCAGUGCAUCGCCUUCGGCAUCCCCACUCCUCACUAUCAGUGGUACAGAAACGGACGGCCCCUAGCGAAAAAGACGAGCGAUACGCUGCAGAUUGACUGUGCAACAGCUGAACACAAGGGAUCAUACCUAUGCUCAGUUUCUAAUGUGCUAGAAGAGAGCUGGACAGAACCUGUUGACGUUGACAUUGUGAAAACUGAUCAACUACCUCCGGCAGCACUUACAGCCACUGAUAAAGUUGCCCUGCUGAUUGGCAACCUGAAUUAUUCCAACCACAUGGGCUUGAUGGCUCCCAUUAUGGAUGUACACGAGCUGGCCAACCUCCUACAGCAGCUUGGCUUCAGGGUGGUUUCGCUGCUGGAUCUCACCAGAGAGGAGAUGAUGGCUGCUAUUGAUAAGUUCAUUCAGCUUCUUGACAGAGGAGUUUAUGGCCUUUUCUACUAUGCGGGUCAUGGGUAUGAGCGUGCUGGGAGGAAUUACCUGGUAGCUGUUGACGCUCCACAGCCAUACCAGCCUGAAAACUGUGUCUGCGUGCAGAGGGUCAUGCAGAGCAUGCAGCAAAGACGGACUGCAUUGAGUGUGAUCCUACUGGACACCUGUAGAAAAUGGUACAACCAGGAUUGCAUACCCUCAAUCAUCAUGCCACUGAAACCCAGUGGAAAUACUGUUUAUGGUUAUGGCACAUGUGAAGAUGCCGAGGCUUAUGAGGUCCAGGAUGGAGGGAAAAGUACUGGAAUCUUCACUAAGUACUUGAACAAGCACAUUUUACAAGCCAAGAAGGUCACACACGUUCUGGAAAAGGUGUCUGAGGAUCUCGGUAAAGACCCUUUAGUCACAGGCAAGCAGGCAGUGGAGAUCAAACACACCCUGAAAGAACCUCGAUCCCUUGUCGAUCCAAUUCGGACCACAGGCCACACAAGGGAACUACAUAUACGAGACGCCUGCUGGAGACAAGCAAAUGAGGUACCGGAAAAGAUGGGGCUUUUGUUUCUGUGUGGAGUAGACGUGCAAGUCAGCUUCUCGGCUUUGUUCUCUAACAUCUUGGUGGCUUUUGCCACCAUAAAGAAUACAGGACCCCGAACCGAAGACUGCACCGUCACGCUGAGCAGCGUACCUCCUAUGGAAGAUAUUUUUUCCGGCCCUGGCAGGUCAGAGGAGAUGGAGAGCCUACUAUUUAAAACAUCCGAUAACCCAGAUUGUACUCUAAGACUUUGUGCUCUUCAGAAGCUGAAGGAAUCACUAGUCAUCAAGGUGGAUCUACACUAUACUCACACAGACAGCAAGCUGCGCCACACAGAAAGUCAACUACUGGACAUAGGGAAACCUCUGGUGGCAUCGUGUAAACUGCACAGAAUGAGGAGUCAGGCAGCGACAGACAAAAAAUGCGAAGGUGCUUCCGCUCAAACUAUGGGGAACCUCUCAAGAAGCAGACCCGUCCUGCAUCAGACUCUGGCCGGCCCAUGUCGCCCCUUCACCAGGAAGGCGGAGUGUGCCACUAAAGUGGCAGUUUCCAGGUGCAACGAACCGGAAGAGAACGAUGAAAACGAACUGCAUGACUUCAGCCGUCAUUGUUAGUCCCACCUGCUCCUACUCUGUACUUUUUACUAGUGUGAUCUGGAAAUCCUCAGCUGAUGAGCAUGCGUUUUGACUGGCAGUGGUUGAUGAUACUGAAUGAGUGAAUGAUUGGAAUUUGUGUUUAGUUUGUCUUAGCCUUAAAUUCUUAGGUUAACACUGAAUAAAUAUGAACACUUUUGCUAAGCACUGAUUACACCAUAAUCUGUUGAUAAUAUAUAAUAUAUUACUUAUGUGUGACACUUUUUACUGUAUCAGUGACAAGCUGGCUAGCCUAAUUUAUCAAUAAAAACUGUUAAUAUAAAUAAUUUAUCGAAUAAAGUCUGAUAGGUGAAUUAC